CCUGGAUCUGCACCAGCGUCUCCCCCCAGUGGGCUAUGCCUGGAAAACCUCCAAAGGAAGGCCUCCAGGAUGCAUCCUGAUCAACUGCUGGCUCCUCUGAGCAGAGGCUCCGAGCUCCUCAUCCGCACCCCCUCCAUCAUUCAGAGGAAACUGCUUUCAGCCCUCAGAGCUGAGGCUGGGUCAUGCAGUGGCCUCCAUAAUGUCUGGGAUAAAGACACUGCCUCCUUCCUCCUGCCCCGCUGUGGGAAUACCUGCUUCACCCUCACAGUCAAAGAUGAUAAAGCUAUCAGCGUCACUGAGGAGCUUCAACCAUUGACACGUGCCACAGAAGAUGUUUGCAGCUGAAGCCAAAGAAUUUAUUAAAAAGGUGGGAGGUGAUGACCUCAUCUAUAACGAGAGUUUACACAAGCAAAUCGAUCUGCUGACUCUGGUCAAAGUCAGUAAAGGAAGAUUCUGGCCAGUGCAGAAGUACAAGAUACUGGAGUUCAGCCUGCCCGAGCUCACGGAGGAGGAAGACUUCUCCUCAGAGUACACAGACGAGCUCUUUGUGAGUGAUUUCAUGACUUCAGUAAAGAUGACUGGGAGAGGAGGUGUAGGUGGAAAUGAGGGUGGUGUGUAUGGAGCUGAAAUUAAAGCACGCAGUGAUAGUGUGGAUGGACUACAUCAGCCUGUCAGCAUGAAGACCAAGAAGGUCAACCUUAAAGCGCUGAGGACCAGGUUCAGGACAAUAAAUGUGGACAAAGUGAGCAUGCUGGCACUCGCAGAGACAGAUAAACUGGCUUUUGUUCACCAGACAAUCUACAACUUUGAUCCUGUCACACUUAUUAGAAAGCACACAAGGGGUGGCUCCAUUUUAGCCUCCUGGAUAAAGAUGCUGAGUCUGUUUGUGAGGGGCAGCAGAAAGAUGGAGACGAGCUUCACUGUUCCAGAAAAAACCACCUUUGCUUACAGCCUGAUGGAGAUAAAGAUGGAGGCUGAGAAGCUGAAGAUCUCAUGUGAACCUUGGACUCGAAGCUUAUUCGAUAGACUCUUCAGUGAUGACAUAAACAGUGGGCCCCUACAACUAAUAAAAGAAGAACUGGAGAGGAAGGAAGCUCUUCUGCAGCCUCUGGCACAUCUUCCUCGGUCAACCCGUCCUGAUCUGCUGAAAAAACUCAGUGAGCUUGUGGAGGAUGAAGAUGCUCUCUCUCUGCUGGAGCAAACACUGGAUCAGUGCAGUAAGGAAGCGUCUGUGCAUCCUCGGUCUCAUGCUGUCUCUUCAUUCAUGGACCUUCUUGAUGUCUCAAACAUCUCCACAGCUGUGAAGGACGCUGCUCACCUGUUGGUCAGCGCUUUGGAUGCUCUGCCAGGUGAAAUGUCUCCACUCCUGACCAGCUGCAGUCCAGAUACUCUGAGAGUCCUCAGCCAGCUGGUGGAUGGACUUAAGGACGGUCAGGCCAAACUCCCAGAGUCUCUGCCCGCCCCCCUGCAGGAGGGAGGGGAUCUCCGCUGGGCGGCCGAGCUCAUCUGUUUGAACGACAAGAAGCUGAAAGAGCUGAGUGACGGCUGGGACCGGCCCGAGCUCCCCCCGGAGGUUCUGCUGGAGCUUCUGUGCCUCGCUGUGCAGGGACUCAGCCUGAUGCAGCCCAGAACAAAGCCUUAAUGUCAGCUGUUGUAAUCAUUGUUAACAUGGGUUUCAGUGUGGGCAGCAGUCCGUCCUUCAGUCCAAGUCAUUUUGUUGUAUGUCUGACAUGUAAUGACAAUAAAUUGAUUCUGAUUCAGAAGGAGAACACCUCCUAACUGUGAAGUCCACAGGUUGAAAACAUGGCUGAUGAACUCUCCCUCGCUCUGUCAUCUUUCAAAGAGACAAGAAAACAAAAGUAAUAAAAAAGAAAUCACAUUUUAUUAAAGAUCUGCACCUGCAUUAUGUACUUUACAGUUACAGCUCUUGUAAUUUAUUGGUUUUCUUGUACUCUUCUCCUGUUCCCAGCCUCUUAAUGUUUCUUCAUGCUGAGAGUUAUUUUAAUAAGUUAUUAUUUUUCUGGUUCUGUAUUAAAGAUUUGAGAUUAUA